ACUGUCCGUCACCUCCACACAGCACCAGAGGAAGGGUCAUCUACCAUAAACACUGAUGGAGUGAGGCUGUUUCAUAUCUAAAGAGAGAGGAGGAUGGGUCAUCAGCGAUGGUGUCCAAACUGCCAGUGUCAUUUUUCUGGUGACCUCAUCGAGCACAGACAAACUAAGAAGCACAAGAUGGCAAAAGUGUCCUCAAGACCUUUCUGUACCCUGUGUGAGCGCCACUUUAGAACUCCUCGCAAGUUUAUUGAGCAUAUGAAGUCUCCUGAGCACAAACGGAGGGUUGAGAAGUUAAGAAAUGAAGGUGGCCCAGAGGUUAUGGAGGAGCUCAUAACUGUGGAUGCUGUUGGCUGCUUCGAAGGGGAAGAUGAUUAUGAGGAGGAUAGAAAUGAAGAAGAGAUUGCAGUGUUUGAGAAGCAUCCUGCUCAUAGGGAUAUGGCUCUUGAAGAGACGAUUGAUUAUGAGGCAUAUGAUCCAGACACACAUUAUGGCACUAGUUUUGUGGUCCCUGUCGCUGGUUUCCUCUGUAAGCUGUGUCAUAAAUUCUACCACUUUGAGUCUUCUGCACGGAAAACUCACUGCAGAUCUCUUAUGCACUUCCAGAACUUACAGAAGCACAAUGCCCUAAAGAUGCAGAAAAAGGCACCUCAGGAUGACUGUGAGAGUGAUGUGUCGUGUAGCAGCCCGCUGAGCGACCCUCAAGGCCUGGAGCUCACUGCUUCCUGUGCCAGUGACAGCAGCCAACCAGAUCUCAACAGACCACAUGUCAAUUUCUCAAGAGAGCGCUUACACUUGAGAAAGCUUAAGCCAUCUAAAAGACCUCACAAAUCCAAGUCUCCAUGCUCAAAAAACUCUGUAGCUCCACAGAGCCCUGCCGUGGUCAUGAAGCACUUAAUAUGUACUCCACACUGUGGCUCAGGGUCAAGCAAACAGUCACACUGUCAAGAAAGCAAUAGGCCCGACUCGAGUGUUCAGGUGUUGCACAGAGAAUAUGUGUCCAGUGAAAAAGAAAAGACAUCCUGUGACCCUGUGCAUUACUCAGAAGAGCAAGAAAAUAUGAGCUCAGCAUCCACACGCAGUUUGUGUCAUGCAUCACAGUUGAACUCAGAGGAGAACACAGUCAAAUGAGCUUAAAGAGACCAAAUUAAAAAAAAUUAUCUUCAUGUUCACAGGAGUUCAUCAAGUGUUUCUGUGAAAUCUGUGAAA